CCGUAUCGUCUCCACCUUAUGUAUUCAUCUUGUCCAACAAUGUGCAAUCUUUAAGUUGAAGACAAAUUUUUGUUUUAUUUUUUCUUAUUCAAAAAGUAGUACUUUAACAUCAUUAAAAAUAUGCAAACAAGCUAUAAAAUGGAAGCCAAACAUACAUGAAAUUCUCCCAAGUAUUACUUCACCUUUCUCCCACAUUUCCUCUUCAUUAAACUCACAUUUCUCUUCCUCAUUUCAAUGGCAGAAAAAUACACUACCAACAACUUAUCAAUUUUAAGGUAAGUUAUGAAAAAUAACAAUAUCUAUUGUCAUGGACAAUAAAAAUUAGAUAGUUGUACUAUAUUGUAUAAUAUAUAUAGAAACAAAAAAGAAAAAAAAAACAGAGCAAAUGAAGCAGUCAAUAAGCUUAUGGUUUCAAGAAUAAAACAGUAGCACUAUAUAUUCAGGUGCUGCAAUUUUUCAGAGUACUAAAUCAACCAACCAACCCCUCCCACUCCACCCCAUCCACAUCCCAUUUCAUGUUUUCUGUAUGUUAUUGUACAUAAUAAUUAGUUACAGUAAUAGUAGUAGUAGAAUCCAACUCUUUUUCUGCUUAUCUCAGCUUCACACGCAUUUUUCAUUCUUCUUCUUCUUUACUUAUGAGAAGAUUAUUCAUAACAGCAACUUAUAAUUAUCGUCUUCUCCAGUACUCCAACAAUACUAAAACCAUUAAAUUCCUUCAUAUUCCCAAAUGGGUAUUCCGUAACAUGGCAACAAGAAGUACAGUAGCACCAACAUCGAAAAAAAUAGUUGUUAUAAUGGGUGCUACUGGUUCUGGAAAAUCAAAACUCUCAAUCGACCUCGCUACUCGUUUCUUCCCAUCGGAAAUUAUUAACUCCGAUAAAAUUCAAGUUUCUAAAGGCCUUGAUAUUACAACGAACAAAAUUUCAAUACCUGAACGCCGUGGCGUUGUUCAUCAUUUACUCGGGGAGUUUUCCGGUUCUGAGUUGUUUACCCCUUCUGAUUUCCGUUACACAGCUGAUGAAAGAAUUUCCGAUAUUAUCAAUCGCCGGAAACUUCCAUUAAUCGUCGGCGGGUCGAAUUCCUUCAUCUACGCCUUGUUAGCGAAUCAGUUCAACCCGGAUUUCGACGUUUUCGAUGAGUCGAAUCCGGUUCAGUUUGUAUCAAAGGAGCUUCGUUAUCGUUGUUGCUUCAUCUGGGUCGAUGUGUUAACUCCGGUUUUAAAUCAGUACCUGUUCAAACGAGUAGACGAGAUGAUGAGCUCCGGGAUGUACGAGGAGCUCGAGCAGUUCUUCGAGAAAAACGGGUUUUCCGAUCGGAGCUCCGGGUUGAGAAAAGCGAUAGGGGUACCGGAGAUGGAAGGGUAUUUCAGGAAUUUGAAAAAUUGUACCACCGUACAGGAAAAAUGCAGGCUAUACGAGGAAGCAGUGAGAGAGAUAAAGGAGAAUACGAGGCAGCUAGCAGAGAAACAGAUAUGGAAGAUCCAACGGUUGAGAGAAAGUGGGUGGGACCUACAAAGAGUAGAUGCCACGGAGGCAUUCCGGUCGACGAUGUUGCCGGAAAAUAGCAAGAUUCCGGCGACGGAAAUUUGGGAAAGACAAGUUGUAUUACCAAGCAUGAAGAUUGUGAAACAUUUUUUGUUGGAGUAGGUUUUCCAGCUAAUUACAACUCUUCUAAAAGUCUCCAUUUCCUUAUUUUUCUCCCCUC